AUGAAGUUCCUGCUGGCCCUCACCUUGGCUGUAGUAAUUGCCCACGUGGCGGUGGCUCAAACUACGAUCGAUCCGGAUUAUCAGUACGAAGAUAGCACUGGCGAUUAUGCUGACGAGGAUUAUUCCCAGGACGCGGUAGAUGACUCCAGCACCGACGGGGCAGAGGACACCGCAGACGGCGAUGAUGCUGGCGGUGACGAUUCGGAAGACACCUACACGGACACGGAAGCCGCCACUGUUGCCCCAACGCCAAAGCCAAGCCCGAAAAAGGCCAAGAAAAACGCUGCCGCCAGGAACAAAAAGAAGAACAACGUGCGCAGGGGCAACACCGUGGCAGCCAAGCGACGCGCCGCAGCGGCCAGGAAGCAGGCCGCUGCCAAGAAGCAGACACCUGUUGCAGCCAAGAAGCGGAUCAACGCCGUUGCCAAAAGAAAUCGCAGGCGAUCUGGUUAA